CCUUUUGUUUUGAGCCGUUAUAUUCGCUCCCGUGACGAGAGGAUAAAGACGCACGCAUUCCGCACUCUUCCAGAAAAGAACAUUUGUUUCGUAAAGAUGCAGAUCUUCGUCAAGACGCUGACUGGCAAGACCAUCACCCUCGAGGUUGAGCCCAGCGACACCAUUGAGAACGUCAAAGCUAAAAUCCAAGACAAGGAAGGCAUCCCUCCUGACCAGCAGCGUCUGAUCUUUGCUGGCAAGCAGUUGGAAGAUGGACGCACGCUGUCUGAUUACAACAUCCAGAAGGAAUCCACCCUCCAUCUUGUCCUGCGUCUGAGAGGUGGUAUGCAGAUCUUCGUCAAGACACUGACUGGCAAGACCAUCACCCUUGAGUUCAAGUUAAACCUUUCACAAAUAGAUAACGUCAAAGCUAAAAUCCAAGACAAGGAAGGCAUCCCUCCUGACCAGCAGCGUCUGAUCUUUGCUGGCAAGCAGUUGGAAGAUGGACGCACGCUGUCUGAUUACAACAUCCAGAAGGAAUCCACCCUCCAUCUUGUCCUGCGUCUGAGAGGUGGUAUGCAGAUCUUCGUCAAGACACUGACUGGCAAGACCAUCACCCUUGAGGUUGAGCCCAGUGACACCAUUGAGAACGUCAAAGCCAAGAUCCAAGAUAAGGAAGGCAUUCCUCCUGACCAGCAGCGUUUGAUCUUCGCCGGCAAACAGUUGGAAGAUGGACGCACUCUGUCCGACUACAACAUCCAGAAAGAGUCCACCCUCCAUCUUGUCCUGCGUCUGAGAGGUGGUAUGCAGAUCUUUGUGAAAACCCUGACUGGCAAGACCAUCACCCUCGAGGUUGAGCCCAGCGACACCAUUGAGAACGUGAAGGCCAAGAUCCAGGACAAGGAAGGCAUUCCUCCUGACCAGCAGCGUCUGAUCUUCGCUGGCAAGCAGCUUGAAGAUGGACGCACGCUGUCCGACUACAACAUCCAGAAGGAGUCCACCCUGCAUCUCGUCCUGCGUCUUCGUGGGGGCAAUUAAUCUGCUCAUGAUGUUUACUAUAUAGGUCUUGAAAGUUAUCAGACCAAUUCCAGUAUCCUUUGUUCCCUCUUAAUCCUUCAAUAAAGUUAUGGCAUUCCUGA